AUGAAACCACGAGACAAGAUCCUCUUGGACGCCUCAAGCAAUGGUUCCUUGACAAAGUAUAGAACGGCGGAGGAGGCAUGGCAAUUGAUCACCGAUUUGGCCGAGUCCACCCAACACGCUAGACAAAGAAACAACCAUCCGAGAGCUAUAAAUGAAGUUUCUACUACUGGUGAGACCGCCGCCCUUACCAAGACCUUGGGGGAAAUGACAAACAUUCUAAAGCAACUCCAACUAAAUCAACACCAACCUCCACCCCCCUCAACCACAACAAAGUCAACAAUUGAAGAAGUUGAAGAGGAGGAUGAAGCUCAAGAGGAAGUUGAAGAGGUGAUUGCUCAACCAAGGGGUGGAUUGCAUAAGGAUGGGGAUGUCUUGCAAGAUGCUACUCCAAUCCCAUUUCCCACAUUGGCAAGGAAGACCAAGAGGCGAGUUGAGUUGGAUUCCAAAAUGGUGGAGAUGUUCAAGAAAGUUGAGGAGAAAAUUUGUGAAUUAGAAACUAUUCGCUUGGGAAGUUCAAUUUCCACUUUAAUGGAUGAUGUGCCGGAAAAGUGUGGUGACCCCGGCCCUUGCUUGGUAACUUGCACCACAGAUGGGGUAGAAUCUGUUGAUUAUAAGUGCAAUCUUGGCGCUUGUGUGAGUAUUAUGCCCUUGUCCGUUUAUGAGGUUUUAAAGCUCCCACCGUUGAAACGGUCGGCUACCCGAUUUGUUUUAGCGGACAAAAGCAUAAUUUUUGUAGUUGGUAUAGCGGAGGAUGUUCUAGUAAGCAUAAAAGGGUUGGUCUUCCCGAUUGAUUUUCAUAUUCUCAAGAUGCCCCCUAGUGAUUUCGGAAGGACUUCAUCUAUUUUUCUUUGGAGGCCAUUUUUAAAGACCUCCCGGUUCAAAUUAGAUGCGUUUUCGGGUACCUACUCGUUCGAGAUCGAUGGAAGAGAAGUGAGCUUUAAUCUUGAUGAAGCCAUGAGACACCCACCGGAGGAUCACUCUAUAUUCUAG